GUAUUACAUAAUGGAAAUAUUGUAACAAUAGCUGGAAAUGGAACACCUGGAUUCAGUGGAGAUUCUCCAUUUGAUAUUUCACUCUAUCCUCAUUUCGGAAAUAGUAGCUCUUUAACUAGAAGAAUAGAAUUUCAUAGUUUGAAAAAAUAUUCAAGAGAUCAAUUAUUUGGAUUGGAAAUUUAUGGAUUCAUGCCACUAAUUGAAAGAAUAUCAAUUCAAUUCAGUCAAAUUCUGAAAAAUGAAAAGAUAAUUUGGUCAAUGAAUGCUUCACAACGUGCAAUUAUUCAAAAACUAAUUAAUUCUCUCAUAUAUGAUAAUAAUCAAUUGAAUUUUACAAAGAAUGAACUAUUAGAUGUAUUAUUUAUUUUAGGAUUAUUUAAAAAUGGCGAAUUUAUUGAGCUUAAAAGAUCAUUGACAAGUGAUUUUAUUAAUUCCAUUACCUUGAAAGAAUUUCCUGCUGAAUGGGAAAAAAUUGAAUCGCUGAUCAUGACAUGCAAAGAUUUUGGAAAUGAAAAUUACAUUCUUGAAUGCUUGAACAAUUUCUGUAUUGAAUUUGUUGCUGUCAAAAUGAAGACCACAGAGGGAAGUGCUGUUUUGUCUUCCCUUCCAAUAGUUUUGCGAAAUGCUACUGCUUUUUUCCCAAAAUUGGUACUUGGUCAACCAACCCCAAUCAACAUUGAAGAAAAAAUUGAAGUUAAUCCACAAACAUUAGAAUCAUUAUUUAACGAUAAGAAAACAAGUGAUAUUCAAAUCAAAAUGGGAGAAGACAAGUAUUUAUAUUGUCACAAAACUGUUUUGAGCACCACUAGUACCUUCUUUGCUGCCCUAUUUGAAAGUGGAUCAUCCUUUAGUGAUUUUAAUAAUGGAAUUUUCACACCAGAUGAAUCAGAAGAUUUGGAAUUAUUGGAAAUUAUCAUCAAAUAUUGUUAUGGAAUUUCAUUCGACAAUGAAAAAAUUUCUGGAUUGUUAGACAUGGCAAUGAAACAUGAAAUUAAAUAUUUAGUCGAUUAUUAUUGUAUUAAUUUCACGCUCUCCAUUCAAAAUUACUUUUCCAUUGUAUCAACAUGUGAACAGUAUUUGGAUUUACCUGUAUUUGAAGGAUUUUUCAAAGAAAUUAUUAGAUUUGGAGUUACCAACAAGAAGCAACUCUUUACUGAUUUGAGUGUUCUUUCUAAAUUACCUGAAAAAGUUUGGCAGGUGAUGUUCUUGAAUUGGGCUCAUGAUAAUUGA